AACCAAGCACUUGUUAACUUGAGAUGUUCCCCAAUUUAAUGAAAAAGGGGAAUUGUUUCAUCCAAACUCCGUGAAUUAAACUACAAAUGCAUACCAAAAGGGGGUAUUUUUCAUCCAGAGUUCGCAAAUUCUGCUAACAAACACAACUUCUUACAUCACUAAAUCCUAAAAACAUAACAAGCAGCUUGAGAUUGAAGAUUAGGAGGAAUAGGAGCUUACAGAUGUGUACCACCCUGAUUUAAAAACUUGUGAGUCGAGCACCAGCUAAGCCCCAUCAGCUAGUCAAGGUCCUUAGUGUGCUGAUGUAGAGUACAUUAUUGCCUCGUAUGAAGGCAUCCCCAUAUUUGUUCUUCAGCUGUCCAUUAACAUAUUCCUCUGUUUGUUCCAUGGCAAUGUUCAUGUAUCCAUCUAAACAAGCUAAAAUACCUCGAUAAUCAACACCCGAGUUCAACUUGACGACCACGGGUCAUCCACAGAUUGACUUUAGAAAAUCAACAGAUCUGUGUUAGAUUUAUGAGGCUGGCAGCGAUGGUAGAGGAGACGGAGGCAAUGGUAAGCAGACAACAUUUGUAUUAGAUCUAUUUCUUCUCGUCUUGUUUCCCCUUUUUUUUUUCUCUUUCCUAUUGUAGUGAGGGCUGAAGGAAAUGGCGAGGAUAAAGACGACGGUGAUGCAGUUGUUGGGCGAUGGGGGCUGGGAAAACGUUGGGUGGCGGUGGGUUGGGGUAGGAUAGUGGUGGGGGCAAAACAAGGAAGGUGGGAGGGUACUUUGGACAUUUUAAUGUCAUAGUCAACAUUCACUAAAAAUGACCAAAAGUCAAAUUGGGAACAUCUUUCCCGGACGGAGGGAGUACAUUGCAGGAUUUGCAGCUAUGGUUGAUGCUUGGUGUCUUUGCGAUGGCAACAACGCUUAGGAUGUAUGCCACCGGUCAACAACUUCAAGCUCAAGUACAUGCAUUUGCUGCGGAGGCCAGAGGUCUUCUUCGUCAUACAGUGUCCCGGUAGCAUAAGCCACCACCAUCCAUUGCACUUUUAACCAGAGGACAACUACAAUGACUCAAGCUUCAACUUGCGCUUUUGGACACGGAGUUUGAUGACUUAGUGUUUCCUUGGAAGAAGAAAAACAUGGAGAACAAAUCCUCAGCUUUCCAUGAUUGCAUCUGGUUGUCUCCUUCAGGCCAGGAGCUUCAUUAGCAAUUUCUCUCGGGGCAGUAAAAAUACCUUCGCUUAUGCUCUCCAACUUGAUUCAAAUCUCAAGAGUUCCCUCCCAGGGUGAAGUUAGACUACAAGGUGACAUCAAGUUUGUCCCACAUCUCCUUGGCGGUGGAGCAACACAAGAUCUUGCCAUAGUCGCCUGGGUUGACUGCACAGUAGAUCGUGCUUAUGGCUUUGGCAUAUUUUUCAAUCGUUUGAUGUCCUCGGCAUCAAAUUCUUCUCUGUGUGGUGUAGGCGGAGCAUGUGGGUACGAAGACAACAAAGAGAGCUAUGGGGCAUACACGACAGCAUUAAGCACUGCAUUGUUCAAAAAUGCCGAGAGGUGCGGAGCUUGUUACGAAAUAAUGUGCGUGAACAGCGCAUCCUGCAAGCCCGGUGGGAACACCAUCGUAGUGACUGCCACCGAUUUUUGCCCUCCUAAUUGGGGCGCCACCAACGCCUGGUGCAAUCCUCCCAGGAAACAUUUCGAUUUGUCUCAGCCCGCCUUUCUCCAAAUUGCUGACUAUAAAGCCGGUGUCGUCCCUGUCCACUAUCGGAAGGUUGCAUGCAAGAGAAGCGGAGGGGCAAAGUUCACGAUAACAGGGAACCCAUUCUUUAACUUAAUAGAAGUGACAAAUGUGGGGGGAGGAGGAGACAUUGAGAAGGUUGAGGUGAGAGCAGAAGGAAGGGAUAGAUGGAUAAUGCUGAAGCGGAAUUGGGGUGAGAAGUGGGAAACCGACGAGAAACUUGCUGGGAGCGCUCUCACAUUCAGGGUCACCACCACUGACGGAAGAUUCAUUACUUCUCAUAACGUCACUCCUAAAGGGUGGCAGUUUGGCCAAACCUUCGAGGGCCAAAACUUCUGAUGGAAUUUCACCCAUGCAUCCAUGAUUCCAUGUGUGUAUUUAUAUGUAACUCAAAAAGUCAAUAUAAUGGCACAAAUCUUCUUUUGUUCUACUCCCUUCAUCUAGUUUAUUUGUCCGAUUUGAUUGUUUCGAGUCAAAUUGGAUCAACUUUGAGCUUCAAUUAAAUUAAAAUCGUAAUG